UGUUCAGUUUGCAUGCUGGCUCUUACAAGUUGUAUUUGUCUCUAGACCCGUCUCUUAGGUUCUACGUGCACAUAUCAAUCGAUCAGCAGACUCAUCCGGGUUUCUUUGAUCUACGUACAGACAUGGGAACUCGCGGGUACUACGUGCUCCGCUAUCGGAACAUUUAUUUCGCUCAAUACCACAACUAUGACAGCUAUCCAGAUGGGCUUGGCGUAACGGUGCUUCAAUCUAUGCAAAUUCCCAAUGCCAUCACGACCUAUCGACAGAUGUUGGGAGAGAUACUAGAUGGGCUGAGAAGUCUAUCUGAAAUAUUCAUAGUACGCGGUGAUGAUUUCUCGCCCCCAUCCUGGCAGCGGCCAGAAAACGACAUCUUUAUCGAAUGGAUCUACGAGAUAGAUCUUGAUCGCAAUAUCUUCCACAUAAAUGGAAUGCCUUUUUUCUCCUUGGAAUGCCUUCCAGACGAUGAUGCUUUUAUCCAAUAUAUCUCCAAAGAUCAUUACGGCAACCUAGCUUGUGCAUCGCAAUGCCCCCCUGAGCACAGGUACAAGAGGCCAGCACCACCGACCGUCAGUAAUUCUGACCUCGCAACGUACCAAUCUUCCAUGUGGACUGGAUCCCACGUGGCUUUGAGCGAUCUGCUCGCCAUUAAUGAUUUCUUAUCUCCAGACGAGCACAUUCGAGUCUUAUUGCUAGAGGUCAUGAUUGGGCAGUGCAUGGUUGAACGAACCAUUAGCAAGGACAUCUACAAUAUCGAACUUGUAUCUGAUCACAAUCAAUUCACGGACGAUCAGUGGUCAAUUGCAUGCUUCAUGGCCAGCAUCACGUUUGUUCCUCAGAUAUUCGAUGAAAUCAAGAACGCAUUCCAUCCCAUGCUGGAAAGAAAAGAGUUUACAUGGGUUCGCGAAGACAUUGUUGUUUGCAUCGCAACGCAUCUAGAUGAAGAGCGAUGCCUACAAGCUUCUGUGUCACGCCUGAUCAACGCGAUCAUGGAGCAGAAGGAUAACCCUGGUGAAUACUUUGGAGUCGCGUUUUCUGUCUACCAUUGUGCAGUCGUCAAAGUUAUCAAAGAUGCGCACACGAUGAAAUUCAGCCACACGAGCGCCCUCCAGUUUUUACCAUCAUUCUAUGCACAUUCACCUUCUACACCAGGCAUCACUGCUCUCGCUCGUCUUGGCUUUCGCAUCGACCCCGCACUCUUUGAGCGUGUUGUGGAUAUUUGCCACUAUGUACGGUAUAAAACAGAGAAAUCGCUCGCUCGGGGAGUUGAUGGCGGCAAUGAUGAGCCACCCAACAUCACACGUUCACCGCUGCCUCUCGAACUUUGGAAAGAGAUCGCACUUUAUCUCGAUUUUUCUGACCUCAUCCCCUUCGGAUUAGUCUCGAAACUAUUCCGUGAAGCAGCCUCGAUGAUACUCCGCUAUCCCCACAUCUGUGGAUACCGCCUAGUCGCUGAUCCCAAAGGGAGAACAGUCGAUGAACCCUUCUCACUGAGUGCUGCAGCUUUUUCUGCUGUGCGAGCUGGCAUUCUUGCUACUGUGGUGGUUGGAUUGCAGUUUGAAGAUAAGUCACCAAGGAAACUGGUAACUCCGCUCGAUGUUGGAGGUGAAUCUCUCCGGGUGCUCUUUUCAGCUACUUCCUACUUCCCGCUGAAAAGCUCGUUGGAGAAGGAUAACAAAAUCCCUUAUUGUCACCUAAUGUCUUCAAUCCGGGAGCACACGUAGGUUCCUUAACUUUUGUAUAGUUGAUGUAUCAUAGGCUCGGCUACGAAUUAGACGAGCGAGAUUCCAACAACAAUUUUAUAACUUGAAGUCAAGUUCGUCUUUUUGUUA